AUGUCGAUGUGGCGUGCUUCAGUAGGAGUGAAACCUCCGAUUCCGGCGAAACCCCAGGUUGAUGACGACGAUUGGGAGACUGAUCCUGACUUCGUGGUGAGAUUAUUUUAUUUUAUUUAAAUUUAAAACGAAAACCAUUUUUUUCAAAAUAUGUUGUUUUAAAAUUCUCUUUUUCUAAACUGACGUUCCAGAAUGAUAUAACUGAGAAGGAGAGCAGAUGGGGAGCGAAAACCGUUGAGGGCUCUGGACACCAAGCUCAUGUAAGCCUUGAUGAACUCAGAAAGGAAGCGCUGAAGUCCACUCAAGAGCAAAAGGUUCGUUUAAUUUCGUUUUUCCCAGCACUUUUUUUUUCUUUUUUCUUAGGAAAAGCUCCUGGCUGAAAUGCCGCGAGCCUCGGAAGGUUACGGUGGAAAGUUUGGUGUUCAGAAAGACAGAAUGGAUAAGGUUGUUCGUUUUCUCGAAAAGAAAGUUUAUUGCUCCUUCAGGCUGCGGAAACAUUCGACUAUCAGGCAAAACUGGAGCAGCACGCGUCUCAGAAAGUUUCGAUUUUCCAGAAACUUGAGCUUCAUAAAUAAUUGUAGGAUUACGCGACUGGGUUUGGUGGAAAGUACGGAGUCCAGAAAGACAGACAGGAUAAAUCCGCCUCUGGGUGGGAUGAGAAGGUUGAGCUCUCUAAGCACGAAAGUCAAAAAGGCGAGAAUUGCUCCAAAAUGAAUUUGGUUUGAGACGACCUGUUUUCAGACUAUGCUGUCGGUUUUGGCGGAAAAUACGGGGUUCAAAACGACAGAAAAGACAAAUCGGCGGCCGGUUGGGAAGAACGAUCUGAGCUGUCCAAGCACGAGAGCCAAAAAGGUUACUUGAAGCAUAUAUGGUUUUUUUUCUCUCAAGUUUUUGGAAAAUAUUAUUGGCGGGAAAACCAGAACCUCAUAUUACAUAUAAUUUUCAAUCAAUCAGUCAAUAAUUUUUGAGUCAUAGAUGUCGACUAGGGUGAACAAAAACUUUGAGAAAGUUUGUUUCGUAAAUUUGAUUCCAUAGAAAGCUCUCGUCUUUUCAGUUAUUUGUAUAACGAGGUAAAUGAAAACGAGCAUAGACGCUUCUGAAUUUUUCUUCGUUGUUAAGUAAAGGCUAUAGGAACGCUCUUUCAUAUCUUUUUUUCUUUUCAGUAGAGUCCUUUCAAAAUGAUUGAUUUUUCAAAAAAUUAAAACAUUUUCUUCCUUUUUUUCAUCUAUACGUCGUUCUUUUUUUGUUGUUGUUAGUUUGCUUACAUAUUCUGCAUCAGAAGUACUUUUUGAAAUUGUUGGACCGGGAGAAAAAAAAAGAAGUAAAAGCGAAACGGUGACUAGAUUACGCCCUCGGAUUCGGCGGCAAGUUCGGCGUGCAGCGCGACAGACAGGACGCGAGCGCCUUCGGUUGGGACGAACGCGUCGAUUUGGCCAAGCACGAGAGUCAACGAGGUGACGGUCCUCACGGCUUCUCCUUUCCUCUCCACUCACUGCAACGCGUUUCUUCGGAUUUUGCAUUUUCUACCAUCUUUUGUCUGCGUUAUAACGGAUGGAGUUCCUGCAUGUUUCUUCAGAUAAUACUGCUCUAACUUUGAAGAUGGAAGCUCUACUCUCAUCUGGAUUUCGUUUGACUGUAACAACUUUUUUUUUUACUUAUUGUUAUUUCAUUCAUUUUUUCCACGUUGAUGAUGAGACUUUCGCCUGUACGAUUUGAGCGAGAACAUUUGUGGCAGGGAAGUGAUCGGAAUAAGAAAAAUGUCUCAGCUUUUCAGGUUCUCAGGAAACAUUUUCAGAGAAAAUUGAGAUAAUAAAUAAUGAGAAAUGCGCGUAGAGUUUUUUUUGUAAAGGGCCAUUUCUGAAUUAACUUUAAAGAAACACACAAGAAGAAGUGUGGUUAAUUUACUUUUGCAUGCAGGACAAAUCAUAUAGAAAUAAUGGUUUUCUGGCAUUUUAUCGUUUUUUUGAACACUAACUGCGAUGAAAGAGUUUUGACAGUUUUUCUUGCAUCUAAGCUAGAAGAUUUUGUGCCUUAAUAGCAACCUCUGACUUUUCAUUAACGUUUAUCGAAACGCUACUAUACAUUUUAGAUUACGCCGUGGGAUUCGGUGGGAAGUACGGUGUUCAGAAGGACAGGCAAGAUAAGUCGGCUUCGGGCUGGGACGAGAAGGCCGAGUUGUCUAAACACGAAAGCCAAAAAGGUUCAGAAGACUUCGCGGCAACGAAAUAGUUGACAGUUGUUCAGACUACGCGGUCGGUUUCGGAGGAAAGUACGGGGUGCAGCAAGAUCGCAAGGAUAAAUCUGCAGUUGGCUGGGAGGAACACGAACAAUUGCAAGCCCACGAAAGCCAGACCGGUCCUUUUCUUCAUUUCUUCAAAUAAUAUCCUUUUCACUCAUUCAGAUUACAAGAAAGGGUUUGGCGGGAAGUUCGGCGUUCAGACAGACAGACAAGACAAAUCUGCGGCCGGCUGGGAAGAGCGAGAGCAACUGCAGGCCCACGAAAGCCAAACCGGUCAGACCAGAAGAAGUCGGAAAAAAAAGAAAUUUUGUUUCAGACUACAAGAAAGGCUUCGGCGGCGCUUUUGGCGUGCAGCAAGACCGUCAAGAUCGUUCUGCCGUCGGAUUCGAGCACCAUGAACAGCUCUCCAAGCACGAGAGUCAGCUUCACAACAAAAGUGCAUUUUUGUGUCCAAGAUUUGAUUCAAACAAGUUUUCUCAUGAACUCAGUUAUUUGCAUGUGGGCAUUUAAACUUUAUUGUUUUUCUUCCAGAUGUCAGCCCGAAGGAUAAUCAAACUCGGGGGGAAGACAUUGUCAAGAGCUCAAACGUUGCCAAGGAGCCUGUGGUGACGGAAAAAGGCAGAGCUUCCAACUUGAGGGCUCGUUUUGAGCAACUCGCGACCUCCGAUGUAAAUUGUUUUUUCUUUCCUCUGCAAUUUCGCAAAAUUGAGGGAGCCGACAAAGUCGCUGCCGAGCGGGAGAAAAGGAAGAAGGAAGAUGAGCAACUCCGUGAAAAACAGAGACAAGACGAGGUAUGCAGAAGGAACUUUUCUGCAUAUCUCUGAAACAUUUCAGGAAGAACGUCAGCGGAAGAUCGAGCAGGUGUGGAAGGAACACGACGCGGCGCAUCCCGUCGACGAGGAGCAGAAUAGGAGAGAAGAGUUGGCCAGGGAGCAGGCCUACAAGGUACAUUCUCUCCAUCUUCACUUACCUUUCGAAAAUAAUUCCAUGGGAAAGUUUUUGUAUAUCUGUGUGCUCUGCGGAUGAGAUUGGCUGUUUUCCAAUUUUAUGUUUCCGUUUUUUAUGUCUCUAGUAUAAUCCCGAUGACUCGUGGAAAGUCGUGGACUCUAUCAAAUUCUCAAAAAAAGCGACUCAAAAAAAUAUUAUCAAACUUUUCGAAGAAUUAUGAUAUUUUUAAACUGAGAAGUAUAAGACGCAAUUUUUUAACAGAUCAUGCCAAAAAAAAACUUUCUAUUGAAAAUCCAUUCUUUGAAAAAUGUGAAGGCUUAAUUUCCGGCUUGUAAUGUCUUUUUUCAUAUUUAUUUUGCAAAGAGGGUUUCUCAAUUCUUUUUUAAAAAUUUUCAGAUUUUUUCAAUUUAUUUUUGGAAUCCUUCUUCGCAGUAGUCAUUUUUUUAACGCGAAAUGACCACGAUAAAUGUUUCAAAUCUUAUUGGGUUUUUGAAUUUUCUUCUCUUCCUUCAUUCAUCUCAUAUUCCCAUAUAUCUCUAUUUUUCUAUUCUUUUUACGACUUUGUUCCGCAAUCAUUGAAUAUACGCUUGAGAAGUUCAUUUUUAUAUUUUCGAUAGGAUUUCAGAAAAAAAAGACAUUUUUUAAAUAGUUAUUGCGUGUGCUGGAAAGUUUCGAAGAUUGAAAAUUAUUCAGCAAGCGCAGUCGACCCAGAGACGCAGCGGCCCUGCUCCUGGCGCCGUCGCAAUUAUGCCCGGAGUGGUACGAGCUCCGCCGCCGUCCUCUCAGUCGCUCUACGAGGAACCGCCCGUUUGUUUUUUUUUUUCUGUGAAAAUAUCAAGUGGUAAUUGAGACUUUUGGGGAUGCUCUUUUAAAUAUCUAUCCCAUGCGAAAAAAAAAUGUUUUUUUUUGUUACUCAAUAGUUUAUGGGAUAUAUUGGAGCAAUAAAAAACCGACAUACCUCGAUUUCCAGGUCGAACCGGAAGUUCAUGCGGCUCCAGUUCCGGUACCAGCCCCGGUGGCUGUUUUGCCUACAGGAGGUCUUUCAAUUUUUAUAUUUUGAGAGAGAAUCGAGUUCUAUCAAAGCAAAAUGGUUCAAGAAAAGCACGGAUAAGAAUGAAGAUGAUACGACAGUUUACAAAACUAGAAAAAAGGAAUGAAUUUAAUUUUUAAAAAAAACAAGUCUACCACGGCUCAUUCGAAUGUUAUUGUAAUUGAUUCAAACUUUUGAUUACUAGUUUUUUUUUACUUGUUUCCCCCAAAUAGAAAAAAUAAUCCGUUGCGUUUUUUUUGCAGGCUAUUUCUUUUCUAUUUUUGAAAAUUUUCCGUGAGUUCGUCCAUUGAGACUCAAUUUAACGCAUUAUUCAACUUUUUGGGAAUAAAUUUCGAAUAAGACAUUGAAUGGAAGCGUGAACGAUUGUAAAAUAGAAAUGAAACGAAGGACUAUAUGAAGCAGAAAAACAAAAAUCAGAGAAAAAGUUUUCAAAAAUUACAAGAUCAACUUCCUUAACGAGCUAUUUACAGGUAAUAUGAGCAACGUUCUGAAGUCGGGAUUACGUCGACAGGAGUCGAGCGACGACGAAGUGAACAACGACGACGACUGGGCUGAGGAGCAAAAUAAUCACAAAGUCUUUUCAACAUCCUUUUCUCUGAAAUCUGUGCAAUUUUCCAGUCUUCCGCCCUCUCUCAGCCGAUCGAAGAACCGAAAAAAACGGCGCCAUCGCCUUCUCCAGCUGCUCCGGUAGCCGUGGCCGACCGCUACGACUUCGUCCCAGAAGAAGUUGGUUUUCCAUUCAUUUCACGUCUUUGCCUGCGUUCGAACUAACUGCUUGAUUGCAUGUCUUAUAACAUUCCAGCCUUCUUAUGAACUUCGAAACGCCAAAAAUUCUGCGCAUCACAUCGAUCAGUACGAUCUCGUGCCGGAUUACGAGUUUCUCGGAUCGAAAACACCCAAUUUGUCGCCUCCAAGCACUUUGUAUGACUUCGUUCCUUCCGAGGUCCGUAUCAACAUCCCGUUUUUUUCUGUUUCUUUCCAUGCACGGGUUAAUAGAAACAGUAUUCGGAAAGCUUUCGCUGUUGGCAUGAGCUUCUUCGCAUGAAUUCUUUCUUAAUGAGUGAGCCUGCUAAGGGAACGAAUUUAGUGCUCAAAAGUCAAUCCAAUUUCUGUUUUUAGGCCCUUUUGCCGUAUAUCUAGUUUGCUACGGUUUUAAUCAGUGUUGCCAGUCUGCGUUCUUUGUUUUAUCUCGCAGCUGCUGAAUAUAUAGUCAAUCCUUCCCGAAUUGAAAGGCUAGAUGGGUUUAUUGGCAAUAGUGAAGCGCUGCGUGUGCUACGCGGCUUGGAAUCUCGAUUUCAAACGCGAGCCACCGUUUUUUUUUUUUUCUCCUUCUUUCGACAGCUUUUCGUAUAUAGAUUGUGAUUUGUAUGGGUUUGAACGAAUAAAGUUUAAAAAUGAUAAUAAAUUUUUUUUUCCUACAUUUUACCAUGAUUAAGUUUGACCUCGAGUUGCCCGCCAAUACCCGCGUCCCACGCAAUACUUCACCCAUACCAAUCUCGCCUUUCAAGUCGGGAAAAAUCGACUACACAUGGGGUAUUGAAAAUAGCGCUACAGAGAAAUCAGUCUCUUUCUAUUCUUGUAACGUGAGGGAUGAGUUUGGAAACGAUCAGUCAAUAACUUAUGAACGUAUGGUGAAUCCUUGAACAAGGCUCUAUUUUUAGUUUUGUGUUGAACGUGUGCUUCGAGUUUCCCAUUAACUAUUUCGACUCAACUUCAUAAAAAAAUUAUCGCGUGAAACUUCUAGGAAAUUGUCCAAUCGCAAAAGGCCGUUCAGGAUCCUCUAAGCCCGCCACCUCAUCCUCUUGCAGCUGGUUGGAUUUUCUUUUCUCAUUUGAAUGAAAAUAUAUAGACCAGUUCUCAGGAUUUGAUAAAAUUUAAUAGUUCUUCAUUUUAUAUUUGUUCUGUAGGAGGAUUGAGCGCAGUCGCGUUGUACGACUAUCAGAAGCAGGACGAUGACGAAAUAAGCUUUGAGCCGGAUGACGUCAUCACUAAUAUUGAACAGGUUAGCGGUAUUCCUUUUCUUCGCGAAACUAACUGUUUUCGUGUCGGUUUAAAAUUUUCGGAUUCGAAAGACAUCACAGUAAGGAAAAAUUGAAAUGGCUUUCUCCAUGGUAUUCAAACAUCAAUUACAGAUCGACGCCGGCUGGUGGCGCGGCACUUGCAACGGACAACACGGCCUUUUCCCCGCCAACUACGUCGAACUUCGCUGA